ACGCCCCUCCUCCAUUGCAAGCGGAAGCCCCGCCCGCUUUCUCAUCAUGGCUCCUGCGGCGGACAGGCAGGGUUACUGGGGCACUCCGACUUCAACGUUGGACUGGUGCGAAGAGAAUUAUGUCGUUUCAUUUUAUAUCGCGGAAUUCUGGAACACAGUCAGUAACCUGAUAAUGAUCAUUCCUCCCAUUUAUGGAGCGUUACAAACCUUCAAAAGUGGAUUGGAGGUCCGCUACAUGUUGUCCUUUUUAGGACUUGCGGCUGUUGGCGUCGGUUCUUGGUGCUUCCACAUGACCCUUCAGUAUGAAAUGCAGUUGCUAGAUGAGCUGCCGAUGAUUUAUAGCUGCUGUGUCUUUGUUUACUGUUUAUAUGAAUGCUUCAGGCAAGAAAAUGCAGUUAACUAUUUGCCAAUUGCACUUCUCCUCUUCUUCAGUAUUACGGUCAGCGUGGUGUAUUUGCAGUGGAAGGAGCCGGUAUUUCAUCAGGUCAUGUACGCCUUUCUGGUGGCUUUCUUAGUGUUUCGGUCUGUUUUCAUAGUCACAUGGGUGUAUCCAUGGUUGAGAGCGCUGUGCUACACAUCAUUAUCCGUCUUCCUGUUGGGUUUUGUUUUAUGGAACAUUGAUAAUAUAGUCUGUGACACUUUAAGAGCCACGCGACAGAGGCUGCCUCCCGUAGUGGGAGCUGUGACUCAGCUCCACGCAUGGUGGCACAUCCUGACAGGACUCGGCUCCUACCUGCACAUACUCCUCAGCCUCCAGAUUCGGACAACAUACCUCAAGUACAGACCGAAAGUAAAGUUUGUGUGUGGCAUUUGGCCCUUGCUGCACAUCGAGUCCGAAAAGAUGAGUUGAAUGUGCGUUGUGGGGAUGAACACGGCGGUGGAUCACGGAGCUCGGCCGCUGCGAAGCCCGGCCGCUCUCCUCCAGCCUUGUCAGGGACCUGAGCAGCAGCUGGACGUACCCACAAUCAAUCCCCUAGUUCAGUUUGCUGAGUGUAGUUUGGAGAGACUUUCCCUGCUACGGAAAAGCCUCAGUUUGUGUUGAUUAAUCACUGAUUUAAUCAGAGCUUUGUGGAAGCAGAUAGCACUCCCUUGAUUUUUGCACACCACUGACAUACUUUACCAUCCGCUGCCUCACACACUCACUCUCAUGAGAGGCUACAAAUCCUACGUUCACACUAACAAACAGCAAAAUAAUGACACACUGUUGAGUUUCUAUUUACGGGCGUGAUACAGAUAUUCAGACGUUACGGAAGAGCUUGAAAGGAAAGGUACCGGAGAUCGGUUUGUCUCGCCCGUGAGUGCACAAUGCUAUAGUUAGCUUGCGUCAUGCUAGUGCAAAGCUUAGCGUGUAACAUAUAAAUCAAAAGCGAUGUAUAGAAAUCAUAGAUUAUUCAUUUUAGUGUCUAUCAUUUCUUAUGGGAACUAAAGAGACUUGGUUGCUUGCUAGUGUGAACUCAGUGGGUAACGGAUGGAGCAAUAUGUCAGCGGGUGAUUUUGAUUUAUUUUUACUUUUUUAUUUAUUUAUUUUUAUAUAUAUCUACCUAGAAAUUAUGUCAAAACUUGAUACUGAUUGAUCCUGAUAUUGAUACUGAAAACCAUAUCGAAUCAUUAAUCAUAUAUAUUUCAGCUCUACAGCAUAAUCAAGCUAUUGCAAAUCAUUUUUUUAAAUUCAGUUUAAGGAUCAUAGAAGGGGAAAGUAAAAGGGGCUUGAGAUUAGAUAGCUUUAUGGUAGUAACAUGAAAAAAGUCAGAUUAAAAUCAGGAAAUCAACUGGAAUUUUUAUUUUUUUUUUUUUUUAAACAAAACUGUAUUUAACCUUUUUCUUUCGGGUAAUGGAUCCACAUCUUUGAAGGAAUUGACUGAAUGAAUUAAUUUCACUUUGUGCUACUUUUCAGAAACUACUAUGUUAAUGUUUUCUUAAGAAAUCUAAGGGCCUUUGCAUUAUUUCAAGUAGGGAUGCAUUGAUACUGGUAUCUGUAUCAGGAAUCAGUCAGAUUAGGAGAUUUAUUCGUUAAAAAUAGCUGGCCUGGUUGUUUAAAAUGAGGACAGUGUGGUGUGAAUCGCACACGCAAGAAGACACGGAUCCUUUACAGCAUCUAAACGAUUCACGGCUUGAUUCACGAUUCAUUUGUAAUCACUCUCAACACCAUAACAUUUUAAUCUCAGCAUGAGGAGUUCAUUUCUAACAGCACACAAACAGAGCUGAGUAAAAUGUCCGACACAUUAAGUAUUAAAUCUAAUGAUUAAGAUAAUAAUGAAGAUAUCCAUCGAUGCAUCCCUAAUUUCAACCUAUGAUGUUUUCGUUUAUGAUUGUCGUGUAAUUAUUGUUACUUUUAAUUUAUAUGAACUGCUUGCUCCCAUCGUUUUUUCCUCCUGGUGAGGCAUUUUAUGAAGGAAAGAUUUCUAGUGAAGUACGGUGUAAUUCCUGUGGGGGAAAAAAAACAGACAAAUUUAGUAAUAUAUCUAAUUCGUUCUUAAAUACUGCAUAGUAAAUGAUACUAAUUUGGAAAGUCAUUUAGGAAAACAGUUCUUAUGUCCGUUGUCAGUUCUCUACUCUAUGCACAAACAUUGUUUGUUAUUUUUACAGUUUGGGAAUUUGGACCCAACAUCAGCUGCACGUAAAGGGAAUCUUGCUUAAUCUCAUGUUUCUAAGUAGCACAGAGCUUCAAAAAGCACUAACUGCACAGCGCCUGUUCAUAUACCAGGCUCCUGUCUUACCUCCUGCUGAAAUCACGUUCAGUGACUUGAACCUCAAGUGUGAAACGCUGGAAAUUGUGAUUAUAAAUGUAUAAUGUCUACGUUUUUGUACUCGUACAGUGAAUAUUUGUUGUUACAGUGGUGUGUUUUACUUAUUCAUCUAUAUAUCACUGUCACUAUAUGAAGCUGCAGUGUAACAUAGAACACAUAUAUAUAUAUAUAUAUAUAUAUAUUGGUUAGAGUGAACCUGCUGAUAUCAAGGGUGCCUUAGAUUUAGUCCUAGUGUUAUAUUUCCACCAGGACUUUUAUGUUGCCAUGUUUAUUUAUAUGACCUUGCUUCGAUGUCUUGAAUGUCAAACAUUAGUUUUCAUGAGUAUGUGUAAAUCUCAUCCUCCUAGUAGUGGUGAAGGCAAAAAGAAGAAAGAAGGAAUUACUGCCAAUACUGUUCCUGUGCCAUCUUUUGACAGCACUGACUGACCACCUGACUUCCUUCUGUAAAAUCACUGAACGUAUCGUGUCGAAACCACAGCACAUCUUCCUUCCUGUAAGCGUUUAACCACUGAAUGUUGAGUCAUUUCAGAAUCAUGUCAUUAAAGUUGAUGUAGUUGGAAUGUU